CCCCAACCGCAAACCCUCUACUUCGCCUACGGCUCCAACCUCAGCCUCCUCCAAAUGUCCACCCGCUGCCCCCAAGCAACCUACGCCGGAAUCGCACGCCUCGAAAACUACAAAUGGAUAAUCAACACGCGAGGAUACGCGAACAUCGUUGCCUCAACCACCUCCCCCCUAUCUUCCCCAGCUCCCUCCCACCCCAACGAAAGUACAGUAUACGGCCUCGCCUACCACCUCCCCCCCUCCAACGAGUCCCUCCUCGACGCCUACGAAGGCGUCCCAACCGCAUACACGAAGACUUACCUCCCAUGCGCGUUCUGGCCCAGCACGCUCGAUGAAGCGGUUGAUACGACGCGGGCGCCGGGUGAGGCGCGGCGGGUGAUGCUUGUGUAUAUUGACCGGCGGCGGACGGGGGUAGGGGAGGCGGGGGGGGAGUAUGUUGGGCGGGUGAAUCGGGGGGUGGGGGAUGCUGUUAGACUUGGUGUGCCUGCGGGGUGGGUGGAGGAGGUUGUUAGGGGGUUUGUU